AUGACAAUGUUGUGCCACAUUUGGACUUCUACAUCCAAGUUUGAUAAUGAAGGAAAAACAAUGCUAUUUGAUGAAAGGGGGCACAUGACUCAUAUUUUUGAGAAGCUGAUAAUAGAGUAUUUUGACAUGUUUGAGAGCUUGCUUAAACAGAAUUUGAUUCUCGAGAAAUUUGACAUAGACAAUAUGUUUGUGAAUAUCUUUGAUAGGGUGCCCACAUUGCGCGUUUUGCUCACAGAAGUUACGAAAGUCCCAUUCAUAGGUGUGCUUAACCGGAAGCUUGCCUGGGAUUGCCCCCCAUUCAUAGGUGUGCUUAACCGGAAGCUUGCCUGGGAUUGCCCCCGUAGUUCAUAUCAUGGUGUGAGGAUCAAUGCCAUAGGACAAGGGAUCGUCUCACAGAAAAAAUUGUGAUGUGAAAAAGCUGAGGAGAUAUCCACACAACUGUAAUGAUGUUAUCAAAGGGGAAUAUCUGUUGUCCCUAGUAGCUUAUGACCACAGUGAAAUUAAGUAUCUGCCGAGACAUUCAGGCCUAACUUGGC